AACGGGAAUGUACUUUGUGACGUUAUUAUGUCAUCAACUUCAUAUUCCCGCUAUCGUAGAUUAAGUGGGUUUAUAAAGAAGAUAUUCGUCGUUUACUAAUUGAUAAUCGUUUUAAUAUUGUGAAUUCAUUUGUGAAGAAUCAUAACUUUAAAAAUCCGUAGAUUUUUUUCAAUUUUAAAAUAUAUAAUAAAAAAAUUAUUUCAAAGUGACAUUUGACAAGUCUUUUUGACAGAAAGGAGCAAUUUGCCUAGAUUGCCGUGAAAUUACAUGUGGUGUAGAACCGUUUUGUGAAGCCGGUUAAUUUUGUAAGACAAAAAAAGAGAAUUCGUGGCUUUUGAUAGUUCGUAAAAGAUAUCAAAAUGCACCAAGAAACGUUACAACUCAUCCAGAUAUUAGAAAAAACAGUUUCUCCAGACAAAAAUGAACUCGAACAAGCAUCGUCUUUCCUUGAACAAGCAUCGGCAACGAAUUUAUUAGGAUUUAUAAAGACUUUAUCAGAUAUUUUAAGACAUGGCGGAAACAGUCCCGUCGCUCGUAUGGCGGCGGGUUUACAACUAAAAAAUCAACUAACCUCGAAAGAUCCUUCUAUAAAAAUAACUUAUCAACAGCGUUGGUUAGCUUUCCCGGAAGACAUUAGAGAUUAUAUAAAGAAGAAUGUCGUGGGUGCGCUGGGUACUGAAACUAACAGACCGUCUUCGGCGGCUCAAUGUGUAGCGUAUAUAGCGGUGGCGGAAUUACCACAAAGACAAUGGCCGGAUUUAAUAGCGAACUUGGUAAGCAACGUCUGCCAAGGCAAUUCGACGGAAAUGCAAAAAGAAGCUACAUUAGAAGCUAUAGGUUACAUAUGUCAAGAAAUCGAUUCGGACGUAUUAGUAUCCCAAUCUAACGAUAUACUAACCGCCAUAGUACACGGAAUGCGAGCCUCGGAACCAAGUAAUCACGUACGUUUAGCCGCUACUCAAGCCCUACUAAAUUCCUUGGAAUUUACAAAAGCUAAUUUCGAUCAACCGACCGAAAGGAAUUACAUUAUGGAAGUAGUUUGCGAAGCGACCCAAUCUCCGGAUUCCCAAAUCAAAGUGGCCGCUCUACAAUGUUUAGUUAAAAUUAUGUCUUUGUAUUAUCAACAUAUGGAAACUUAUAUGGCGCCGGCGCUUUUCCCCAUCACCUUGGAAGCCAUGAAAUCCGAAAACGAUGCCGUAGCUCUACAGGGUAUUGAAUUUUGGUCGAACGUCAGCGACGAAGAAGUUGAUUUAGCCAUCGAGGAUACUGAAGCUACCGAAGCCGGACGACCGCCUACAAGAUCUUCGAGGCAUUACGCCAAAGGUGCUCUGCAAUAUAUAGUUCCGAUACUUUUACAAAAAUUAACCAAACAAGAGGAACUGGAUGAUGAGGACGAUUGGAAUCCUAGUAAAGCUGCCGGGGUGUGUCUGAUGCUUCUAUCUACUUGUUGCGAAGAUGAAAUAGUACCGCACGUUUUGCCUUUUAUUAAAGAAAAUAUCAAAUCUAGUAAUUGGCGUUUCCGUGAUGCUUCUCUGAUGGCGUUCGGCUCCAUUCUGGGCGGAUUAGAAAGCAACACUUUGAGGCCCCUCGUAGAACAAGCAAUGUCGACAUUAAUAGACCUGAUGUACGACAGCAACGUCAUCGUGCGAGAUACAGCGGCUUGGACUUUUGGUAGAAUAUGCGAAAUCAUCCCCGAAGCGGCUUUGAAUGAAAACUUUUUGAAACCGUUACUUGAAAGUUUGAUUACCGGUUUGAAAGCUGAACCGCGCGUAGCGGCCAACGUAUGUUGGGCGUUUUCGGGACUAGCGGAAGCCGCUUACGAAAGCGCUGAUUGUAUAGAAGAAUCCGGUACACCGGAAACUUACGUCUUGUCGCAAUAUUUCGAAUUCAUAAUACAGAGAUUAUUGGAAACGACAGAUAGACCGGACGGUGCACAAGCUAAUUUACGUCCUGCAGCUUACGAAGCCCUAAUGGAAAUGGUUAAAAAUUCCCCGAAAGAUUGUUACGUUACCGUACAAAAAACCACCAUGGUGAUUUUGGACAGGUUGCAACAAGUAUUGCAAAUGGAAACUCACAUCAACAGUCAUAACGACAGAUCUCAAUUCAACGAUCUCCAAAGUCUUUUGUGCGGUACCCUUCAAUCGGUACUUAGGAAAGUCACUCCUGAAGACGCUCCCCAUAUAUCCGAUGCCAUUAUGACCGCUAUGUUGACCAUGUUCAAUUCUAAUUCCUGCAAAAGCGGUGGUGUACAAGAAGACGCUUUGAUGGCGGUAUCAACAUUAGUGGAAGUCCUAGGGGAAAAUUUCAUAAAAUACAUGGACGCCUUCAAACCGUUCCUCUAUCUCGGUCUAAAGAACCACCAAGAAUACCAAGUGUGCGGUACCGCAGUCGGUUUAACCGGCGACAUAUUCAGAGCGUUGAAAUUGAAAAUAUUACCGUACUGCGACGAAAUAAUGACCAUCCUAUUGGAAAAUCUCCGAGACCAAUCUGUCCACCGUAGCGUAAAACCCCAGAUACUAUCCGUAUUCGGCGACAUCGGACUCAGCAUCGGUUCCGAAUUCAAGAAAUAUUUGGACGUCGUUUUAUCGACGUUGGCGCAAGCUUCCCAAGCCCAAGUCGAUCGCACCGAUUUCGAUAUGAUCGAAUAUCUGAACGAGUUGCGGGAAGGGGUGUUGGACGCCUACACCGGCAUAUUGCAGGGCUUGAAAGGGGACGGACCGACGCCCAAUCCCGAAGUUAUGAUACUCGAACCGCACAUUCCGUUUAUCGUUCAAUUUAUAACUGUGGUAGCUCAGGAUAGCGAACAUUCCGAUGGUACUGUCGCCGUUGCCGCCGGUAUGGUCGGGGAUUUGUGUACGGCCUUCGGGGCGCCUAUGGUUCAGUUAUUGGAUCUGGAACCGAUUAAUGAUAUGUUGUCGCAAGGUAGACGUAGCAGGGUUAACAGGACUAAGACGUUGGCCAAUUGGGCCUGCAAGGAAAUGAGGAAACUUAAGGUCGCCGCUACUACGGCGGCUGCCGCUAGCUGGUGAGUCGGAAUUUCUUGUUUUUCUUUUUAUCUCCGACCGUCAUUUGGAAACAUUUUGAAUUUUGAACUUUUUUAUCCUUGAUCCUUGAUCUUUCUUCGGCAUUAGUUUUAGAAUAUUGAAAUAUUUAUCCAUUUUCGACAGUUAUUUUAGUAUUUUUAAUGUUUUUGAUUCUUUUCCAACAAUAAUUUUGUGAAUUUCUUCUUUUUCAAUACCUUUUCAACUGACAUUUUCAAAAUUUUGUGUUUUUUAUCCCUUUUUAACCAUAAUUUUGGAAAUUUUACUUUUUCAAAUCCUUUUCCAAUCGUAAUUUUCAAAAUUCUAUAUUUUUUACCCAUUUUUGACAGUAAUUUCGAAAAUGUCUACAUAUUUUGUCCUUUUUUAACAGUAAUUUUGUGAAUUUCAUCAUUUUUGAUCCUUUUUCAUCAGCAAUUUUAUAAAUGUCAUCCCCGUUCAACAUAUAUAUUAUGAAUUUCAUACAUUUUAAACAGUAACUUUCAUUUUUUAUAUUUUUUAUCCUUUUUUCACAACAAUUUUGAAAAUUGCAUACCUUUUGUCCCCUUCCACCAGUAAUUUUAAAAAUUUCAUCUUCUUUUAUCCUUCUUCAACCAUAAGUUUCAAAAAUUUUCCUUUUCAGAGGUAAUUUUGUAAAAUUCUAUAUUUUUUGGUAUUUAUAAUAAAAAAAAGGACUCGCAGUAUCUUAACAACGCCCUAAAAUCUUUUUUUCAUCGCAAUUUUGAUAAAGAAAACACUUGUAUAAGAAUUUAUGGUGAUUUUGGGAAGAAUCUGUUUUCAAUUUAACACGUUCCCUGCCAACUGUAUUUAUAAGUCAAAGUUUCCCUGUAUACAUACAGCUCUUUUUUCUUUUAAGUGUAGUUUAAAAUUUGGGGGUACUUGGACCUUAUCAUUUUAUCAUCUAUAAAGCGAAACAGUCUUGAAAAAAGCUGCCAUCUAAUAUGAUUGGUUAACCCUUAUUCAAUUUAACACGUUCACUGCAAUGAGCAAGCGAAAUGACGUUUCUCUCAUAAUUCUUGUUUAUUUUGGGAAAAGAACUGAUUUAAAUUGUUUAACACGUUCACUGCCUUGAGCUUGAGGGUAGUAAUAAUUCGAAUUGUUACAAACUUGUUUUUUAAUUAUUUGAUAUUAAAAAAAGUGAAAUUGGACAAAUAUCCAUAGUGUGAUGUCGUUUUCCGUUGCAGAUUUUUCUUGGUCGCUUAGAAACAACAAAGAGAAUUUCUACAUCAUCCUCAAAAAAAUCCAAAAAAUUCUCAUGUCGAUGUAUAUUCAAAAUUUUCAAAAAUUGGUAUAAAUAUUGUUCAAUUUAAAUCCGUGACAAUUGCGUUGCUAAACUCAGGUAUAAUAUUAAUUAAAAAAACAAAAAUUGAGAAAGAAAGUAUCGAUCAACAUGGGAGUUUUUCAUAAUAUUCAGAUUAAUUGAUACUGAUUGAUCAUCUACAUGUGUGCUGUGCUAUAGAAGAAACAACUAAGGAAAACUGUACACGGUGAUAUAUAUAAUUUUAAAUAGCAAAAAAAUGAACGCUUUGUAUAUAGUGUCUGUUCUAGUGCGCGUCGGCAGACUUUUCAGCUCAAGACUGAUGAAAAAAAAAGUGAUGACAUUUCAGUAUCACUUGGUGCGUCAGUUCAUCAUUUUUAAGUAAUGUAACUUGAUAAAAAUAAAGAAUCUUUUCUAUAUUUA